AUGGUUCUAGGAUGGUUGAUUCGUUCCAUGAACACUGAAAUCGCGCAAUCGAUCCUAUGGCAUGAAAGAGCGACCGAUGUUUGGAAAGAGUUGAAGGAGCAUUUUUCUCAAGCAGAUCUCUUCCAAAUCUCAGAGCUCCAAGAAGAAAUUUACAGCUUGACGCAAGGAGAUCUAUCGGUGACAAAGUACUUCACUGCGAUGAAGAUCUUGAUCGACGAAUUGGAGGUGCUCAAGCCCCUACCUUCUUGCACAUGUGAUGCUCUGAUCAAGAUCAAAGAGGAACGCAAUUCCGAUCAUGUAAUUCGUUUCCUUCGAGGCCUCAGUGAACAAUUUUCAGGAGUUAGGUCUCAGAUCAUGCUUAUGGAUCCACUCCCUAGCAUUAAUCGCGUCUUUCAAUUAGCGGCGCAACAAGAACGGAAAUUUGCGGUUGAGCAUGUUCCUAAGGUUUUGAUGACAAAUGUGAAUGGGAGUGGAGCUUCAGAUUCACAGAAAAGAUCCAACAAUUAUCACUCUGGAGGCACUUCCGGUGCUAGUAGCAGUCGUUCCUCACAUGGAGAAUCCAGUUCAGGUUCCAGUGGAUACCGUGGUCAAGGGAGACAAGUUUGUUCCUAUUGUGGAAAGAUUGGGCACACUGUGGAUGUGUGUUACAAGAAGCAUGGUUAUCCACAAAGCUUCAAGUCCAAAAAUGCCAGUUCUCAGGGUCAUCAGAAGCAAGUAAACCUGGCUAUAGGUGCAGAUUCUGGAGCAAACACAGAAGAUGAAGAUGUUGUUUCCUCUAAUGGAGAUCACACUCGACUCACUCUCAUAGAGGCACAGUACAAUAAAGCCACAUAUCACAUUUCUUGCACCCUCUCUGUUUUUGUUUCAUACAAACGCAUUAAGCCCGUUCUUGUAAAUUUACCUAAUGGUUCUUCGCUCACAGCACACUUCUCUGGCACUGCUGUUUUCACAGAUAGUUUUUACCUGAUUGAUGAUACCAAAGUCUCGAGGAUGAUUGGUGCAACUAAAGAGGUUGGAGGUCUCUACUACCUUGCAAGUCCAGUAUUGCCAACACCUAGAUUGUCUUCCUCAGCACAAUUUUUAGCUUGUUUGUCUACUGCUACUGCAGCCCAGUCUUCCUCAUAA